UUCACUUUGCCAAAUAGGCUGCCUCUAUGUCAUACCUGAAGGGCGGGCUCAGACACUGAUUGGGGGAAGUGUCACCCUUACUAUAGCAAGAAGUCAGACAUCCAAGGUCAGACACUAUGCAAAGUCAGAUACUUCAAGGGCUUUCCUUGGAAGGGAGGAUGAAAAGGGAAGGGUAGGAACAUCAGCUCAGGUGAGACAUAUGAAUUCAACGAAACAUCAGGGAUGGUUUGUCAUGUUUGCGAGCAGCACAGAAAACGGCAAUUUGCUCCAAGUUCCCAGCACACCAAAGGGGGCAGCAGCGCGUCUGUAAAGUGCGUUGUCGACUUGGUGAUAAUUUCUGUUUGCAUUCACACUCACUGAUAAUCUCAAUUGUUCGAGGCAAUUCAACAGAUAACAAUGCGGAAGUUUGGUCUAAAGCCACCUGAAAUAACUUCCACGAGCUCUUCCACCUCUUCUGAUAAAGCUGCCUUUGAUAGUUUUCAUUAACCCCUCCCAUAUUUGCUCCUCAGAGUCCCUUGGCUUAGCAGCCCCAGCCUUUGAAGUCCAACCUAAGCAUUCUUAGAUGAUGAGUGAGGGUCUGCCUUCCCCAGCACCAGCCACUUAGUCAGACUUGUGGCUGGUCUAACAAACUGGAGCCUGGAAUUCUGAGAAAACGAAACCAAACAGUUGUACUCCGGGGUUAACACAGAGUAACUUCCACCUGCUGUGUGAGUUGGUGAUCCUUUCUCUUGCUGUUGGAGAGCCCCAGUGAAAACUUCAGUGAAAUGAGAGGGCAUGGAGCCUGCCAGUCGCCUGCCCUGCACACACACACACACGCAAACACAUUUAACUUUCCACUUGCAGUGACCUGCCCUCCAGUGUGACUUAUCAGCUGUUUGGCUUUUGUCACUAAAGGAAAACAAAUUGUGGAAUGUCCUGCUCUGCAUGCUUAUGAGAUGGCCGAGCCAACUUAGGGGUUAUGAGGUGGUUUGCAAGUGAGGAGAAGAAUGAUCUUCAGUUUCUGACCUCCUGGCACGGUGGCGGGCGGUAUUUAUCAGGAGGUACAUGUGACUGGUUAAGACUCAGAGCCCCAGCCUGAAGGAAACAGCUGCUCUCGGCGUGCUCCGGCACUUGGCAGCUGGACAGGCAGAGUGCUGAUGUGAAAAAUACCACCACGACAAAACCACCCCAACUUGGGAGAAAAUGUCUAUGCUGGAGAGCAAUAAUUUUCAUCGCAGCCGGAGAGCACCUAUCAACACUACGGCAAGUCCUAAACAAACAGCAAGUCCUUAAGUCCCCAUUGGGAGACUAAACAACCUGCUCUAAAAUAACAUUGACAUUCGUGUUGAGACAAUCAGUAGUGAUUUAGGGUCAGAGUUUAGUGAUCAUGACCACAGACUGUUUUAAGGAUUUACUAACAUUUCAAAGUCAGUGUUUGGAAAUUCUUAAUGAGUAAUCCACUGAUAAAAGUACAUUUGCAUGAAAUAGUAGUUUAUACUAUGUGUGUAGAACUUGGCUUUGUCCCAUGUGUGGGUUUUUAAUAGGCUGAAAAAAGCUUACUUGAUUAAAAAAAAUUGUGUUACCAAAUAACUAUUUUGAAUAUUUGCCCUUGUUAAUUGAUGUUGUGGGUGAAGUUUAGACAAAAUCUCAAAUACCACCUAUAACUCAAAGUUUUUGAAAAUGCUGUAACACAAUGUGGAUUCUUUGGGGUUAUCGUGAUCUAAUUCUGUACGGCGGCUUCUUUCUGUUCUUUUGUCAGGUUCUCCAAAGUACUUACCAUUCAGGUUGAAUAAACCAGUUCUACAGACUGCUUCUUCUGUGCAUUUCCCAAUGGUGCUAACUGCCCUUAAAAUUAUUUCAGAUUUGGAACUCUAUCUGUAUGGAAACAACAGGGUACUGAAAGAGUUGACAUUAGAGGAAUCAGAGAAGUUUUGCACCAGAAUGUCUUGGAAAAGAGUUUUCUUGAAGCACAACUAAGGACAGGUCACCACUAGGCACUAACGUCACUGACUUGCAUGAUUAUGGAGAUGGUCUAUCUGAUGCUGAAAAUGUCUCUGGUUUUUUGACAACGGCUAAAUAACCAUGGGAUCAAGUGGCCUUGGGAAAGCAGCAACAUUAGAUGAACUGCUGCACACUUGCAUUGAGAUGUUUGAUGACAAUGGAGAGCUGAAUAAUAGUUACUUGCCAAGAAUAGUUCUACUGAUGCACCGAUGGUAUUUAUCUUCCACUGAGUUGGCAGAAAAACUUCUCUGCAUGUAUCGAAAUGCCACUGGAGAAAGCUGCAAUGAAUUUCGAUUAAAGAUCUGCUACUUCAUGAGGUACUGGAUUCUGAAAUUUCCUGCAGAAUUUAAUUUGGAUCUUGGUUUGAUUCGUAUGACUGAGGAAUUCCGGGAAGUAGCUAGUCAACUAGGAUAUGAAAAACACGUCAGCCUCAUCGACAUAUCCAGCAUUCCUUCCUAUGACUGGAUGAGAAGAGUCACACAGAGGAAAAAAGUAUCCAAGAAGGGAAAAGCCUGUCUGCUGUUUGACCAUCUGGAGCCCAUUGAAUUGGCUGAGCACCUCACUUUUCUGGAACAUAAAUCUUUUAGAAGGAUCUCAUUCACUGAUUACCAAAGCUAUGUCAUCCAUGGCUGCCUGGAGAAUAAUCCAACUUUGGAAAGAUCGAUAGCUUUAUUUAAUGGAAUCUCUAAGUGGGUCCAGUUGAUGGUUCUUAGCAAACCAACCCCCCAGCAAAGGGCAGAAGUCAUCACAAAGUUUAUCAAUGUUGCAAAGAAGCUCCUUCAGCUCAAAAAUUUUAACACCCUGAUGGCAGUGGUGGGAGGCCUCAGUCAUAGUUCCAUUUCACGCCUCAAAGAGACGCAUUCUCAUCUUUCUUCAGAAGUUACAAAGAACUGGAAUGAAAUGACAGAGUUGGUCUCCUCCAACGGUAAUUACUGCAAUUACCGCAAGGCCUUUGCCGACUGUGAUGGCUUCAAAAUCCCCAUCCUUGGAGUACACUUGAAAGACUUGAUAGCAGUCCAUGUCAUUUUCCCAGACUGGACGGAGGAGAACAAAGUGAACAUUGUGAAAAUGCACCAGCUCUCCGUUACCCUGAGUGAACUAGUCUCCCUGCAGAAUGCCUCUCACCACCUAGAACCCAACAUGGAUUUGAUCAACCUGCUCACGCUUUCCCUCGACCUCUAUCACACUGAAGAUGAUAUUUACAAACUGUCACUGGUGCUGGAGCCUAGAAAUUCUAAAUCGCCUACCUCCCCUACAACACCCAACAAGCCUGUGGUGCCCCUCGAGUGGGCAUUAGGGGUGAUGCCAAAGCCAGACCCCACGGUCAUCAACAAGCACAUAAGGAAAUUAGUUGAGUCUGUAUUUAGAAACUAUGAUCAUGACCAUGACGGGUACAUUUCCCAAGAGGACUUUGAAAGUAUAGCUGCCAAUUUUCCCUUCUUGGAUUCCUUCUGUGUGCUGGACAAAGAUCAGGAUGGCCUAAUUAGUAAAGAUGAAAUGAUGGCUUACUUCCUGAGAGCGAAAUCCCAACUACACUGUAAAAUGGGACCAGGAUUUAUCCAUAAUUUUCAGGAGAUGACCUAUCUCAAACCAACCUUCUGCGAACACUGUGCAGGAUUCCUCUGGGGCAUAAUCAAGCAAGGAUACAAAUGCAAAGACUGUGGAGCCAAUUGUCACAAACAGUGCAAAGACCUCCUGGUUCUGGCCUGCAGGAGAUUUGCCCGGGCGCCCUCCUUGAGCAGUGGUCAUGGGUCACUGCCUGGAAGCCCCUCGCUGCCCCCAGCACAGGAUGAGGUGUUUGAGUUCCCUGGAGUCACUGCUGGACACAGGGAUUUAGACAGCAGAGCCAUCACACUGGUUACAGGCUCUUCUCGCAAGAUCUCCGUGAGGCUACAGAGGGCCACCACCAGCCAGGCCACCCAGACUGAACCUGUCUGGUCAGAGGCUGGCUGGGGGGACUCAGGGUCCCACACCUUCCCUAAAAUGAAAUCCAAGUUCCAUGACAAAGCGGCAAAGGACAAAGGCUUUGCCAAAUGGGAAAAUGAGAAGCCCAGGGUGCAUGCUGGUGUGGAUGUUGUAGACCGGGGCACGGAGUUCGAACUUGACCAGGAUGAAGGAGAAGAGACCAGACAGGAUGGUGAGGAUGGCUGACUUCAGGCUGCGGAAACUGAAGGCAAUAAUGUGGGCUUUCGGAAGGGCAAGAUGAGACACUCUGAAGAAAGCUGUGACUCUCAGGAAGUUAUCUGGAAAGAUACCUGGAUGUUCACUGCCUUGGGACACUGUGGGAUCUCCAUGUUUGGACUAUGGGACAGAGAAUUGACCCUAACUAUGAACUAUUUAUUUCCUGCUCCCCUACCCCUAGUUAAGUGCCACAAAGACUGUGUUAUGUAGUCAGUACUUUUUUCAUGUAUCUUUCUCUAGAGCCAUUUAUAUACGGGUGAAACGAAAGCUUUUUUGCAUGUACUUGAUACUCAUUCUGUAAACUCAGACUUCGCUUUUUUUGUGAGAAUAUCCUUUCAAUACUUUUAUAAACUUUUGUGUGUGCUGUGGCGGGGAACAGUUAGCAAGGAGAUGAUUUAGAGGAUUUUUUUUUUUUGGUCUGCCUUUUGGAUGGGACCAGGACUUAACAUUUUCCUGAGGACAAGGAAGCUCUUCAGACACUGGAAUGCAGUGAUUCUUCUAAUGAUGGUCAACUGCAAGAGAAGCUAUUUACAUUGUUCCUACCAUACAGUUGCUAUGAUAUGUAACAAGUCACACAUGUAUAUAUCACACAAGUCUUACCAAUUCUGCAUCACUAGGAAGCUAUGGCAUGGUCGUGAAAACUCUCCUAAUACUUACAACAGCCAUGGAAGAAAAUUAUGCUUGUCCCUUCUGACUGGGUUAAGCCAUCUUUCUUAAGAUUCCUGAAGUAGAAAUAGCAAUUAAGAAAUAAAUUCAAGUUUUGAAGGUUAACAUUUAGCAGAAAAACAAACCAUUGAAUCAGCUACUAGGUGAUAUGCAAAACCACCAUCAAUUUUUUAAAACUCAAGAAUUUCAUGAAAAAACAAACAAACAAAAAAACUUUCGGUUGUAAAAGAAAACCCUUGUUCUCUUCCUAAGAAACGGCCUUCCACAAUUAAAGAAUAUUCAUAGAAAGAAAAUAAUCACAAACCAUAUUUGAUUAACAUUUCAUUUAAGCUUUUAAAAUAUCAAUCUUUUAAGUAGCUCCCAUUUACCCAAAAUAACUAGUUAUGGUUCUAUUUCUUCCAUGAUUCGAGGAGAGAGAGCUUGAUUCAAGAUACUGAAAAAUAGAGAUGGGACUGAGCCUGUGAAUGACAGGAAUAAUCUGUUACCAGGUGACUAGUCGGAAACUACCCCACAGAGCUGCACUGGUCUGCAUUUGGGGGCUAAAGUGUAUAUAUUCCGUUUAAAAUGGAAUUUGUUUGUAUUUGGGGCAGUCUACAGUAAAGCCUUUCUCCUUUCUUUUCUCCACUGAGGACAGUUCUGCUCAGCAAAAUUGUUGAGUACCUGUUCCAGCCAGGUCCCAUGCUAUAUGCACAAAGCUAAGAAAAACUUGGUCUUGGCCCUUGAGAGCUGACAGCCCAUGGGCAUUAAGGCAAAGUGGUUCCAGUGAUUUAAAAUAUGGUUCCAAAUAUGCUAAAACCAACUUGUGCCAACCAGAUUUACAGAUUGGAAAUACUGCAGAUGAAGUGAAGUUAUCAGUUGAGGGAGCUGUGAUUAAGCUGGAUAAUAAGAGAACACACUACCUGUAAGCACUCAGAAGGCAGUCAUCCCUAGAUGGUGGUUUCAUGUAUAUUACACUAUCUACUACUACCCAUAAAUGCAAUAAUAUUCAUGUUAACAACAUUAAAAACAGAAAACAGCAAUCUAAGUACAGGAAAGCUUUUUGUGUGUUCAAAAAAAUGGAAGAAAAUUCAGGAAGAAACGUGUUAAUAAACAUUGUACUGUUCUUUUGCUUCUCAAAGGAA